AUGUGGCGAGUGGUGAUAGCCUGUCUGUUGGUUGUAGUACCGAACCCGCUGUGCAGUGCCAAGGAUCACUUGCCCCAGGAUCGCGGGGAACUGAAGCAACUGUUUCCCGUGACGAUCAUCCACAUGAACGAUCUUCACGCCAGAUUUGCGGAGACCUCAAGCAAAUCGUCGAAAUGUAAGAAGGACGACACCUGCAUUGCCGGUGUAGCACGCAUUCACGCCACCGUUACCUCGCUGAGGGCAGAGUACCGCGAUCGGACGCCACUGUUCCUCAACGCCGGUGACAACUACCAGGGAACGAUGUGGUACAACUACCACCGCUGGAAGGUGGUGGCCAAGUGUAUGGAGUUUUUGCGCCCCGAUGCGAUGACCCUCGGGAACCACGAGUUUGACGAUGGUUUGGACGGGUUGGCACCGUAUCUGAAGCACCUCCGAACGAAACGCAUCCAAACGCUGGCGGCCAACUUGAUCGAUCGUUCCCAGCGAUUGCCACGGCUCCCAAGAGCGAUGGUCAUCAAACGCAACAAUCGCUCGAUAGGAAUCAUCGGUGUUGUGUACGACAAAACGAACGAAGUAUCUAAAACGGAGAGUGUCGUCUUUUCGAACUCGAUCGCCACCGUGCGGAAUGUGGCGCGGAAGAUGAAGGAGAAAGGAGUCCACAUCAUUAUCGUACUGUCACACUGUGGCCUGGAAGUGGACAAACAAAUUGCGCGCGAAGCGGGUGAUCAUGUGGACGUGAUUGUCGGUGGCCAUUCGCACUCCUUUCUCUUCUCCCCUAGCUCCGGGAGAACGUACAACAGGGAGGACCCGAUUCUGGGCGACUACCCGUUGGUGGUCCAGAAUGCCAACGGUAGAAAGAUCUUGAUAGCACAGGCGUAUGCGUACGGUAAGUAUGUUGGCCGCCUGACGACGUAUUUUGAUGCGGCCGGUGAAAUCAAGUACUGGGAAGGAUAUCCGAUAUACCUGGCGAAUAACGUGACGCCGAGUGAGGAUGUGGUGAAGGCGUUGCGACCGUACCGCCAGCAGGUGGAGCUGUUCGGUUCAACCAAGAUCGCCGAAACGCGAAUCGAUCUCGACCAGGAGUCGUGCCGGGUUCGGGAGUGUCGUUUGGGUAGCGUCUUUGCCGAUGCGAUCGCCGAUCACUUCACGAACGAGACGUUCCACCCGGUGGCCUUGGUCCAUGCGGGCAACUUCCGUACGGCGAUCCCCAAGGGAGACAUUACCAACGAGGAUGCGAUCGGGGCGUCUCCAUUUGCCAACUCGAUCGAUCUGCUAACGCUGCGCGGCGAUGCGCUGUGGAAUCUCGUGGAGCAUUCGGUGGUUUGGAGUGCGGAGAAGCGAACCAACGUAGCGCAGGUGUCGGGACUGAAGAUCGUGGCCAAUCUGGACAGUGCCCGCUACAAGCGCGUCGUCUCGAUUCAGGUGCAAGACUUGAGCACGAAGGAGUACAAACCGUUGAACCGCGGAGCUUUCUAUAAGGUGGCUACGAUCGCGUUUCUGGCCAGUGGCAAAGAUGGCUUCAAAUGGGCCCUGGAAGCCACCGAUCGGCAGAUUGGGCCCCGCGACUCGGAUGUGUUUGUUAAGUAUUUGAAAAAACUCAAAGUGAUCACCGAGGCAAACUUACCCGGCGGUAGGUUCACCAUCACCGGGACUGUUCGGUCCUGAGUCCCGAUUCUUGGCAUAAUAAAAGUGUAUUU